AUGCUUGAUGAUGAAGAUGUACAGCAUUUAUGGAAGUCAAAAAUGAAAUUCGAUGUGGUCGUAGUGGAACAGUUUAAUAGUGACUGCGCCUUGGGUCUGGCAUACAAGCUGGGUGCUCCCACUGUCGGAACAAGUAUUGUACCUGCCAAUAUUAUUGAUGUAGGCGGAUAUCAUGUUGCGAAACCAAAACCACUGCCCAAUGAACUGCAAAAAUUUAUCGAAGAAUCACAGCAUGGUGUUAUUUAUAUCAGUUUUGGGUCAAUGCUACGGGCGGCAUCGAUACCAAAAGAUAAAUUACAAACAAUUUUGGAUGCUCUGGCAAAGCUUCCCCAAAGAGUCAUUUGGAAAUGGGAAGCAAAAUCUCUUCCAGGCAAACCUAAAAAUAUAUUUUUAUCGAAAUGGUUACCACAAAAUGAUAUUUUAGCGCACCCAAAUGUUCUCGCUUUUUAUUCUCACUGUGGACUAUUAGGAACAACAGAAGCUGUAUAUCAUGGAGUUCCCAUAAUAGGAAUGCCAAUGUUCGGAGACCAAGCUACGAAUGCUGGCGCCAUAGAAGAAAGCGGCUUUGGAGUAAAAAUUAAUUUGGAAGAUCUCACAAAAGAUAAUUUACUACAGAAGUUUAAGACAGUUUUAGAUCCUAACUUCCGAGCAAAUGUAAAACUGCUAUCACAAGCUUGGCACGAUCGACCAAUCUCAGCUAUGGAGAGUGCAGUAUAUUGGACAGAAUUUGCUGCCCGAUAUCACAAUUUCACAUUUAGAACACCAGCUGCGGAUGUACCUUUCUAUCAGUAUAUGUUACUAGAUAUAUUCUUUAUCUUAUUUGUAAUGCCCCUCCUAACUCUUUUUAUAUCUAUGUACUAUAUAUACCAAGUUUGUUUACAAAGAAAAUCGAGACCAAAUGGGAAUUCGAAAAAGAAUCACUAA